UUCUAACAAAAGAGAAAAUAUUCUUUCUAACUUAGCAGUCUCUAUAGUUCUCUCCUGUUCUAUUGGCCCAAUAACUAAUGGAGAAAACCCUAAUUGUACUUUCUAACAUUGAGCUGAUGAAAUAAGCAUCUGUUGAAACAGUUAUCACCAUUCAUCCCCAAAUACUCCCAAGAAUUUAUAAAGCAUCUUAGUUUGAAUGUUCUCUACAUUAUUUCUGUUUGACUGUUGCCAUCAGUGUUCUUAGAUUUCUUUUUGCUUCAAAGCUCUCUCACCAUAUUUUGGGAAGUUAUGGACCAUCACAUUCCUGUGCAUGCUUUGCCUGAAGAAAUCCAAAAGAUGUUGCCUGAAGAAAAAGUUUGUAAGUACUGUGGAGUCAGCUAUCUAAUUCUUCAUGAAUUUAAAGCUAUGGAAGAAAAAGUGAAAGCAAUGGAAAAAGAGAUGAAAUUUUAUCAAGGAAGUGUAGAUCGUGAAAAGAGACUUCAAGAAAAACUGCAUUCUCUUAACCAAGAACUUGAACAGUACAAAAUUGACAGCAAAUCCAAAACAGAAAGAAUUUACGAUGUAGGCAUGCAGUUAAAAAAUCAACAAAAUGAAUUUCAGAAAGUAGAGAAACAACUGAGUCAUUUGCAAGAUGAGUUAAAAAUUAAAUAUAGACAAUCAUACAUCUUCAGUCAAAGAUUGUCAGAGUACAAAUAUUUCUGGAAUAAGACUCUUUCAUUACUUACUUUUACUAAAAGGGAGCUCACCAGUAUUAAAAAUGAAGUGUAUGAUAAUUACCAAAACUGGACUUCAUUGAAAGGAGAAAUUUUUCUACAAAUUAAAUCUAUAAGUGAAACAGCCUUGACAGAAAUAGACAUACUGAAUAAAAGUUUGACAGUGUCCCAGAGAAAUAAAGUAUGCCUUGAAAAGGAAAUGAAAAAUCUGAAAUUGUUGUCAGAUGCAGCCAUAUUGAGAUCUCAGCAGAUUCAGACAUCUAGACAACAGGAAGUAAACUUGCAAACCAGAUGCUAUGAUUUGGAAAAAGAAGUACUAGAUUUGCAAUGUCUAGUAGAGGCACUUGGAGUAAAACUUCAGAAGGCAGUGACAGAGAUGGACAACUAUAAAGAAAUGCUUAUGAAUAAAUCUAAUGAAGCUGAUGACUGUCAAAGAGAACUUAGAAAACUGAAGUUUGAAUCCGUUAUUUCUGAGUCACAGCAUACUAUGCUGCUUAAGGAAAAAGAAGACUCUUUAAUGACUUGUCAACAAAUAUAUAGAGCAUUACAGGAAGAGCUGACUGCAAAAGAAAAACAAGAAGAAGACAUAAAGAGAAGAAUUAACCUUGCAGAAAAUGAACUGGAGAUAACCAAAACUCUUUUGAAUCAGACAAGGGAAGAGGUUUUAACCCUGAAAAAUGAAAGGGAAUUGAUGCUGAUUUCACAUCAGAAAAGCAUCGAGCAGCUGCAGGAAACCCUUAGACAGAAGCUGCUGAGUGAUGAUAACUGGAAGGAGAAGAUUGAAGCAGAACUUGCCAAGGAAAGGGCCCAACACUUGGUUGAAUUUGAAGAGCAAGCUCUUCUCUUUAAGGAAGAAACAAAACUGCAACUUGAUAUUGAAAAAGAAAAACACCAAAAUAUAAUCCAAAAGUAUAAGAAAGAACAAGAGGAACUACAAAUGAAGAUAUCUGACUUAAUCACAGGCGCUACAAGAGAUCUAAGACAGGAAGUGACCGCUCUUAGAGAAAAACUUCAUGAAUCCCAUAUUCGGUACACUGAAGAAUCUGAGUCAAAGGAAAAAGAAAUUGAAAAUCUUAAAAAUUUGGUUGCAGAAUUUGAAUCUCGCUUGAAAAAGGAAAUUGACAGUAAUGAUUCAGUUUCAGAAGACUUGAGGAAGGAAAUGAAACAGAAGUCAGAUGAACUGAAAAGAGUAAUGCUGGCUCAAACACAACUGAUAGAGCAAUUUAACAAGUCCCAGGAAGAGAAUACUUUUCUUCAGGAGACAGUGCGUAGAGAAUGUGAAGAACGCUUUGAACUGACAGAAGCUUUGAGUCAAGCUAGAGAACAGCUCCUGGAACUCAGGAAGCUUCGUGGAAGUUUACCAUUCUCACCGUGUUCCCUCAGCAAGGGCAGCCUAACCUCCCCUGCUGCAGCGGUCAGUAAUCAUGGAGAGAGAAGCCUUGCAAGACUGAACUCUGAAAAAGGAAUCCAAAUUCCCAGCCUGCGCGGAGUGUCAAAACCCACCACUUUCCCAACCUCAGAUAAGCCCAAGAGGGUUGGCAGCUCAGGCUUGCCCAUUCUCCCCCAGCCACAUCCUCCCAGGGGUGGAGCAUCUUCAGCAAAUGAGACUAGACAGAGACUGGCUGCCAUUCUUAGGAGGAGGCGGAGUCAGCAAUGAUCCAAAGUGAGGAGCAGGCAGCUCCCCACAGCGUGCACGCUCUUUCAGAGGGUGCCAGGAACUCACUGUAACUGAGAAUGACAAAGAUAAAAUUGUUUUCACAGAUCAGGAAGGCAUACCUAUAGAUAUAUUUAACAAGAGACUGUAAAAAGCUGGAAAAUUGUGAAGCCAUAUUUUUCAAGAGGGUUUUGAUAGAGUAACAGAUAAUUAAGUUGUUGGUAUUCCAGAGGUCCGAUUUCUAUAUUUAUGUUGAAAUGUGCUCUAUGAAUAUAGCCUUUUAGAGAUCACAGGUAAAAUUUUUCACCCACAACAUCUUUUCCAUUUCUUGCACCACAAGCAGAUAUAUUUCCACAAAAAAAAAAAAAAGAUUGUUUGGGUUUUGUUGGUAUGUGUUCAUUUGUUUGUUGAGCUGAAUAGGUUAAAUCGAUGUAAUAAGUAUUCCAAACAGAAAAAAAAAAAAAGUACUUUAUCUAAUUAAAAUUAGAGAAUCUCCAAAAUGCUUAGUUCAGGUAGUUGCAGAGAUCAUCAUCAUAAUUAAAAGCUUCUUUUCCUUACCUUACAAUCUAAUUGGUUAAUCUAAUUUCUCUUUAGGCUAGCUCAGAGUUAAUGAUAGAUAACCUUCAGGAAGACAAUCUUCUCUGAGUGACUGGGGACCUUCUAGAAAAAGAGAUGGUAAUGUCAAUUCAAGGAAAUAGUAGUUUAUUUCUCAAAUUAUAUAGAUUAUUUUAGUAAACAAAUAACCUGAUCAUAUUGAUAGAUAUUUUCUACAAUGAGUGCUUUUUGGUACUCAGAGUUAGGUCUUUAUUUGGCCUUGUAUUCUCAAACCAUUGGGAAAAAAACUAAUUCAACACAGUUUAGUAAAGUUAGAGCUAAUUUGGGAUUCAAAUUGGGAUUCAAAUUACCCCCUGAAAAUGGGUAACUGGUUAACAUGUUUUCUAUUUUGAGUGAAAAAAUAAAACCAGAAGCCAGAUCAGCUAUUUUAUCUUAAACCUGCAGACACCUCCUGUUUCUUAAAACACAACUCUUUACCUUAGUCUAGUGUUCAUCUAUGUUUUUCUCCAUCUAAUAGAAGGGUAUUUUCCUUCAAAAACUAACUUUACUUAAAUACUCCAUCUGACUGCAUCAUGAACAUCCAGCCUUCCUAUUCCCAUUUUGGAAUAAUGGUAACACAUUUAAAAUAUGCUACAUAAAAAUCUCUGCUAUUUGACCAUCUUAUUGACCAGAGAAUUCAAAGAUGUUUGGGAUCCUUUCCAUGUGCAAAAGAUGUAAAGUUACUAAACAAAAUCAAAUUUAUUUCCAGUCUUCCAAAGGAUUAGUCUACUCUAUUAAUAAAGUAUCUUAACCUCAAAAAAAUUCCACAUUAGGUCCACUGAUUUGCCUGACUAGUUUAAGUAUGGCAUCUUGUGUUAAGAGUUGAAUGCUUACUUUUGUUUUGCAGAGAUUGGCAUCCCUUGUAAUGGCCUUUGACAAGAGAGUACAACAUCAUUGAAGAAUGGCACUGGGUGGAUCUUAGAAGUCACCCUAACUGUAAUUUUACAGAUAAGGAAUAGAUGCCCAAAAAGAUUGUGACUUGGUUAAGGUAGUACAGUUAGUGACAACUAGAACCAGAACCACAAUCACCUUACCCCAGACUUUCCACCUCACUGGAGCUUUCCAAGCCUCCAUCAUGACCUUUGUCAAUAGCACUUACACUAUAUGUAGUUUAUAUUUUUCCUAAAUGCACUUACUUUUUAACCUGAAAUUUUUGUAAAAAGUAAAUUUGACUCAAGAAGUAGCUAUAAUGAGUUUGAUUUGCUGUUUUUUUCUUAUACACUUUGAAAUAAAUGUGUAUCUAAGAAAUGUUGGCUGGGCACGG